AUGGCUGGCGUUGCAGAAAUUUUCAAUGGACAUAUUCUUGAUAAAUCAAAUCAAGAAGUUCAUCUAAAGGAUGAAAAAUAUAAAGGAAAAAUAAUUGGACUUUAUUUUAGUGCACAUUGGUGUCCGCCAUGCUGUGGCUUUACUCCAGUUUUAAUUAACUUUUAUAAACAACAUAGUGAAGAUAAAAAUUUUGAAAUUAUUUUUAUAAGUGCAGACAGUGAUGAAGAAUCAUUUCAUGAUUAUUAUAAAGAUAUGCCUUGGUUGACAUUAGAUUAUAAGGAACGAAAUAAAGAACAAGAAUUAUCAAAUACAUUUAAGGUUUCUGGAAUACCAAGAUUAAUUCUAUUGGAUGGCGAUUCAGGGAAUAUUAUUUGUAAUGAUGCAAGAGAACAAAUUCAACAUAAGGAUAAGGAAGGAACAAAGUUUCCUUGGAAAAAUGGAACAGAAAAAAAAUUAUUUCGAUCUUGUUUUUGUUUAAAAUAA